UUUAAGAAUGUUACUGGACGAGUUGCAAACAUUCAUACUAACAGCAGGAGGGUGAAAAAGGAGAAGGGAAAAGGACAUCACUGAUUCUUUAUCAUCACAACUAAGGCAAGGCAGAAGGAACAGCAUGGAUAAAUCUCAUGAAUUUGGUUGUGAAUCCAGUAGCCUCCUGACUGAAGAGCAGUUACAGUGUUCUAUCUGUCUGGAAGUGUUCACUGAUCCCGUCACCACUCCAUGUGGACACAGCUUCUGCAACAGCUGCAUUACACAAAGCUGGAAUAAGAGUCAACAUUAUUAUUGUCCAUUUUGCAAAGAGAAAUUCACCAAGAGACCUGAACUCAAGAUUAAUAUAACACUGAGAGAGGUUGCACAUCAUUUCAAGAAGAAACAUGCCCUUGACCAACCCGAGGUUCUUUGUGAUGCCUGUACUGGUGUGAAACAAAAAGCCAUAAAAUCCUGUCUGGAUUGUGGUGUGACUUUCUGUUCGUUUCAUUUAGAGCCUCACAUUAAUGUUCCAAAAUAUAAGAAACACAAACUAAUCAAAGCAGUGAAGAACCUGGAGAAAUACAUUUGCCAGAAGCAUGAGAAACCUCUGGAGCUGUUCUGUAGAGAUGAUCAGAAGUGUGUGUGUCAGUUCUGCACUGAGGGAGACCACAAGAAUCACAAUAUUAUUCCAUUAGAGGAGGAGAGUGGACAGAGGAAGAGUCAGCUGGGAAAAACACAGAUGAAGCUGCAGCAGAUGAUCCAGGAGCGACUGAAGAAGAUCCAGGAGAUUAAUCACUCAGUAGAGCUCAGCAAAAGAAGCACAGAGAAAGACAAAUCAGAGUGUGUUGACGUCUUCACUGCUUUGAUUCGUUCCAUUGAGAGGACUCAGGCUGAGCUGUUGCGGGUGAUGGAGGAGAAGCAGAAAGCAGUGGAGAAGCAGAACUGACUGGAACUGUUACAAAUUUGCCUGGAAGAUGAACCAACUUUAUUUUUGCCCCAUGUACAGUGAGGAGGAUGGUAAGAGAGGCAAAAAUCCCCAAGGAUCACUGCUGGUGAAUUACAAGAAAAAGUAAAAUCUUGGGGUUUCCACAUCUCCAAAGCCACCAUCAGACACCACCUUCGUGCCAACAGACUAAGGUAUGCCAGAAAAAAAGCCUUUUCUGUCAGUUACCCACAAAGAAUUAACUGACAAAGAAUCUCUCAGACACCCCAAAAAGAUUCAGUAAAUAUCUGAUAAUCCUUGGAAGUCAGGGUUUCUCCUCAAGGAGAUGGUGCAGGUCAGCAGGAAGACCAUGUGGGAUUUAGGAGUGGUCAGAGAGUCUGUUAACAGGAAGGGAAAGAUUGAGACAUGUAACCCUCAGAAUGGAUUCUGGAUCAUGGCUCAGAGGGAUGGGAAUGAGUGUACUGCUUGUAAUGAUCUCUGUAUCUCCCUCUCCCUGAGAGAAAAACCUAUGAAGGUGGGGUGUUUGUGGAUUAUGAGGGGUCUGGUCUCCUUUCACUGGUCAGUCUUUUAUUGAGAAACUCUUUCCAUACUUCAGUCCUGCUGUUAAUGAUGGAGGUAAAAACUCAGCACCACGGAUCAUCUUUUGUGUGUUAAAUUUACAGCUCACAAAAUCAGUUCCAGAGUUCCAGAGUGGUUCAAGAUAUUUUUUUCACAAAAAAAAAAAUCACUGAGGAAUGAUCAUAAAUUUUAAUAUCCUUUCAGGGUUAUCUGGAGUAUAUU